UCCAGCCGUGGUGUGGGGGCCACGGUGGCGCCGCUCCGGGCAGGUGACGAGAGCGACCUGCCUAACGGCUCCACCACGAUCCGUGCUCGGCAGACAGUGGAGACGCCUGCGGCAGUGACCUGGUGACGUCAUGGGUGACCUAGGACUCAGCGCCUCCGGCACCAGCAUCGUGCAGGCUUCGUCGUUUGACGCCCGCUACCCGCCCAAAUGCAUCGUCGACGGCCGCAUGGAUACGUUUUGGAUGACCACGGGUCUGUACCCGCAGCAGUUUGUACUCAAACUGCCCGGUCUACACGCCCUCGACAAGAUCUCCAUACAGACCUACAACGUGAAGGACCUGCUAAUUGAACGGACUAACAGUGAAGAGCCAGAAAAGUUUGAGCCCAUCGCUACUAAAUCGUUCCAGCACCAGGCCGGCAAGCUGCAGACGGAGACGGUGUCGCCCCAGGAUGUUACCGCCAACUACCUACGGUUCCGCAUCCUCACCGGGCACGCACCGUUCGUCUCUGUGCAUCGUAUGAGCAUCAGCGGUCGGGAGACUCGCACACCGAUCGCCAUGGACCGACCGCCGUCGGGAGAACAGGGUACCCGUGUGAUCCGCACCGCGCCUCGGCCGCCGUCUGCUGCCGCUACGCCCGGCCCCCUGGCACCCCCCUCAGCCGACCGUGCCCGCUCAGUCAGCCCGGCCGCGCUCAGCCUGGCCCCACCGACCGCCGACUUUCCUGGGCCCGACAGCGAGGAAGAGGGCCGCGCCGCGUCCGCAGCGCCAUCUCUGUUCCAGGGACUGCAGUUCGACUUCGAGGGACUGCCGUCAGAGGCGGGCGCCGCCAAGGUGCCGGAUUCGGCGGAAGAGGGGGAGAGGGGAGGACAGGAAGAGGGGCAGACGGGGAGGCAGGAAGAGGGGCAGAGGGGGAGGCAGGAAGAGGGGGAGGAGGACGGGGAGGAAGAGCCCUGGCAGUGAGAUAGUGGCGAGCGAUACGGUGGACAGGGAGGCUCGGUGUAAUACCGGGCUAGGCCCAUGAGCGGGACAAAUGCACACAUGCCUUACGGACAAUUCGUGACACACAUGUGCCUGAGCUGUGCUGCUAUUCAAUAUUUCAAAGUGCAAGUCCCUUACUUGAUGUCCGAUCAGUUGAUAAUGAUGUGCGAUGUCACUGCGCUAAGCACAGAAAAGGGACACAAAAGCCGUAGGCUACAGGUGGGAAGCCGGUGCAUAUACAUAUGGAUAAUCCAUCAAACACGCAAACGCGAUAGUCAAGGAUUGCGUCGUACUGUAGCAUCAGGGCCGAGCUCUUCACGAAAGUUUUGAUGGAAACGUAGCUGUUAUCGCAGCAAAUGCGGUGAAAUACACGA